AUGGGGAGAAUCAACCUGAACGCUCUCCGCGUGAGACAGAAUGUUCUUGCACAAAAGGCAUGCGGUAAAAUAUCACAGACACCAUGCUGGGUCGACGUACUGUCCGACAUCCCCCCUGCGACGGCGCUCGUGCGCAAUCUUCCGCAACAACACCCCGUUAUCCAGCAACGAGUCAAGACGUUGCCGGGAAAAUCAACACCUCAAACAGUCAUUGAAACGCGGGAAACUCCCCGCCACAAGAAGAAAAAGGCCAGCCGAAUGUUCCUACCAGUUGAAAUACGCUAUGAGGAGGAUCAGCUACGAAAAGAGUUCUUCCGAGACCAUCCGUGGGAGCUUGCUCGACCAAGGGUGGUGCUUGAGAGCACUGGAAAUGAUCAUGCCAGAUACGACUGGUCCAAAAUGCAGCAACCCGGAAAGCGUCUCGACGGUGAAAGUGUUGUACAACGCCAAUUAUAUCUUCUGAAUACCGUGCCGGAUAUCACUAAAGGUCAAGCCUACGAUAUAGCCCGCCGAGAGUUUUAUCAGCUUCGAUUACAAGAGGAUGUUGAGCGAAGGGUGGCGCAGGAAGAAGCGAGAGCCACCGGCGCAUACUUCGGCAAGGACGUGACGCAGGUCUCGAUGGAGUUAGAAAAUAAAGAGUACGAUCGCUGGCGAGUCUGGGCACAAAAAGAAGCAGAGCAGCUAUCGCAACGUGCCGCUGCUUACUCCGGUGCGAGCCUUGAGCUCAAGGACGACUCGGACGCCGGUCUCCUGGAGGGAGCUGAGCCUGAAUUGGACGCACCUGCAGCUGAGAUGGCACAACCUGUGACAGCGGGUCUAAGGCGAUAA